CCACCACCGCCAUCACUGCCGUUCCCGGAUCAUUUUAUAGUACCAACUACGGUGCCUCAAGCCAUGCCAUCCUUGACCACCGUGGAAUGAUCAAUGAAUUGUCUUCGGCAAACUUCUAAAGCCGUGAAGAUGAACUACCACAAAAUGAGCAGGGAUGCUCAGGGCUCCUCACUCGAUUCCCUGGCUCGCUCUCACAGGCCAGUGGCUGGCUGGGGCUUGGGCUUCAUCCUGGGCCGAGUGACGGUUUACCACUUCAUCAUUAUCAUUAUAAUCUGUUCCAAGACAACCAAAGUCCAACCCAGCAGCUCAGAGAGCCGCUUCUGAAUGAGAAAAGCCACAAAAGAUGCAUUCAACAACCAACCAAGAGGCCAACAACACAACAAUAACUACAAAAGCUACUACUGCUACUACUUCUUCAACCAACCAACCAACCAACCCAACAACCUACCUUUUCCGUCUUCAACUUCGUCCGACCUCUGGCCAACGGUCCAAACAAAAACACACACACGAACCUCGGUCGGGGGCUUAAAAUCGUUGAAUCACGUGAGAUUUUGCUCGAGGAGAGGGAUAAUUCAAUGGGAAGGAGCCAAAAUGUAUGCCGGGUAUAAGGGCUGCUUGGCUGCGCCACUCACAAUGAAACGUUUGAAUGGGCGUCUAAAAGGAAUCACUCUGAAGGAUGAAGGCCUGGCUGGCACUUUUGCUGCUAUAAGUCAAGACCGGCAGGCCGAAUUGGAACGGCUGGAUUCGGCAAAAACGUGACCAGUUAGUGUGUGACUUCUCCAGAAUCUUUUACUCAAAGAAGAAUGACUUGGCACUCCGCACUCUCCUCAGCUCAGAGGACCAAAUACGCAGUGAAGCUCCGUCUUCAACGACCACCAAGAUCUCCAGGAUCAAGAAAGGAACAAAUGCAACAAACUGCCAGUUCAAUCAGCUACACUUAUGGCUUACCAAUCAUAUACCAACAACUAAGUGCGAUAAAAGAUUGUUCUAACGUUGAAUAGCAAAUCGCGUAUUAAAAGAUACAAUGAAACAAGUCAGUAUAUCAAGUCUGGUUUCAAUCUCAAUGGAGCUGGUCAUUGGGUGAUGAUGCGCUCGCUCCUUGAAGAACUCCAUUCACGGUGCCUUUCCAAAGCACAAGCUCGCUCUUUCCCUGGCCGUCUGCCUUUGAGCACCCAGAUUGGGCACAAAAGAGGAGUACGUCGAGGAUUGAGCACCUCGUGCGUGGAUUGCAAGUGGAGAUCGAGAAGAAGCACGCCAACCACGACAGACACGCUCCAGCGCAUGCACCCAGGGAGUAGGGCUUUAAAAAUCCGAACGAACGUGCCUCAGCAUCAACUCUUGAGCCGUCGCAGGUCCACAAACACCGACUGAUUCAAAAAGUCCAAAAAACCGUCUGCUCCUUACAUGGAGUGAGUGAGCGGGUAAGCGAGAGAGCGAGGGCAUUGACGGACGGACGGACGGACGGACGAAUGGAGGGACAAACGUAGGAACGAACCGACGGAGAGUGUGAUCAUCUCAUGUGUUUCACUCCAUCCCUGUCUCUCCAAUUGAUCUCCAUUCACGUGUCCAACGUCUGUGCAUGAACACGUAUCUCUCAAAAUGCUAGAAGCAUCCCGAAUCCCAUAUCCCCCCACGGAUCUCAAUGAUGUGUCCGAAGUGCCCAUGUCUCGGACCACGCAGUACCGCAAGGUCAUGAAGCCUCUGCUGGAACGCAAACGCCGUGCCCGGAUCAACUCGUGUCUCGACGCUCUCAAGGACUUGAUGGUCCACGCUUUGGAAGGCGAGGGCGAAUCCAUCACCAAAUUGGAGAAGGCUGACGUCCUCGAACUCACGGUGAAACAUCUUCAAAGGCUCAAGCAACAGCACAUGCUCCAAGUCAAUCCUCAAAUCGAAGCCAACCGCUUUGAGGCUGGUUAUCGCGCCUGCUUGAACGAAGUGAGUCGGAUGUGUGCCACACCCGGGUUCAAUGUCAAUCUCGGCCAGAGCCUCAUGUCGAACCUCACGUCCAAAUUGAACACCACUAUCGAUGCAUCCCGCCUUCAGCCUUUGUCAGUGUCAGUGCCUUCCCGAAGCCCACCACACUCUGGAAUCAGAGGACCAUCUACCCCUUUGGUGACCACAGCCGUACCUCUGGAAUUGACAGUUCCCAAAUCCGAGGCCUCCGUGUCGGCCCCUUCAGAUGGCGGGUACUCUUCAGGCAGGGACUCGGUCUCGCCGCACAGUGCCAUGUCUCCAGAUUUUCCUCAGCCCGAACAGCCACAGAAAUCCAUGCGGUUACUC